CCCGCCCACUAAAGGAGAAGCAGGAAGCAGCUACAUAUGCGGUCUGGUUAGUCGGUACAGAAGUGAGGAAAAUAAAGUGUUUUUUAUUAAUUUCUCCGGUUUGGCCGCUUGACACGAUUUUAUUACGAUGGCUUCGCUCUUCAAGAAGAAGACGGUAGACGAUGUUAUCAAAGAGCAGACCAAAGAGCUGAGAGGAACUCAAAGACAGAUAACACGUGACAGAGCCGCACUGGAGAAACAGGAAAAACAGCUGGAAAUGGAGAUCAAGAAAAUGGCCAAAUCUGGUAACAAAGAUGCGUGUAAGAUCCUGGCCAAACAGCUUGUGCAGCUGAGGAAGCAGAAGAACCGGACGUACGCCGUCAGCUCCAAAGUCACCUCCAUGUCCACCCAGACCAAACUCAUGCACUCCCAGAUGAAGAUGGCAGGAGCUAUGGGCACCACAGCUAAGACGAUGCAGGCGGUCAAUAAGAAGAUGGAUCCACAGAAAACCAUGCAGACCAUGCAGAACUUCCAGAAGGAGACGGCCAAGAUGGAGAUGACUGAAGAAAUGAUGAAUGACACACUGGAUGACCUCUUUGAGGAUUCAGGAGAUGAGGAAGAGUCUCAGGACAUUGUGAACCAGGUGCUGGAUGAGAUCGGCAUUGAAAUCUCAGGAAAGAUGGCCCACGCUCCUUCAGCCGGCAGAAAAACCCCCGCCGCCGCCGCCGCCUCCACCUCCAAAGCAGAUGGGAUAUCAGAUGAGGAGAUAGAGAGACAGCUAAGAGCUCUCGGAGUGGACUAAUGCUUGGACACACAAACACAAACACAAACACACACACACACACACACACACACACACACACAUAUACAUAUACACUUGACAUCUCCUCUAUAUUGCCUGACACAACACAUAUACACACACAUACACACACUCAUACGGACGGACAGUGCUGCGUACUCAAGUACACCGAGCACACACUACUGUGUACACUACUGGACACUCAGCAUCAGAACAUACACACACAAACAUACAUACCGGCCUACUCUGGGAGAAAAAGUGCCACUGCAGGCAAAAUCAAUCCACCCCCCUCUCCAAUGCAAAUUCACAUAGGGCCACGUUUCCUGAUUUAGCGAUGUGCAUAUUAAACAUUUAUAUAUGUGCUUUUAAAUGCAUGCUCACAUAUCAUCCCUUCCUUUACUGCACGUCAAAAAAUUGAGAACUCCGCAAAGAAAUAUGGGAUAUUGUCGCUGUUGUCACAAAACUUUUAUUCGCUUUUUUCUUUAUGGUUCUAUUUUUAUCUUUACGCUGUUAAAAAUAUAUAUUGAUGUUAUUUGAGCGAUGCAACAGGAUUAUGGUCUACUUUCCUCCUCCGGAAGAACCACUUUCCUAUAGACUUUGAAUCCAGUCUAAAUCUAAUCCACCUGGUAUAUAUAUUUUAAUCACUUCAGUCUUUAGAAGUCAUUGAUUGACUGAAUUGAGUAUAUUAGAUCUAGAUUUAGAUUUGAGUUGGAACCUGUUGGAAAAGGAGAUCUUGGUGUGAAGAACCUUUUAAAUUAAACCAAAUGUAGUUUUUCUGUUAAAUCGCUCAAAGAACACUUUGUACAACCCACUUUUUUUCUUCUGUGGUUUUUGAUGCCAAUACCGAUAUUGAAAUUGAUAUUGACCGAUAUUGUUGAAAGUCUUCUUAAGCCCUAUCUGUACGGGAUUAGUUUCUCAGGGGGUUCUGGUGUAAUUUUCUCUUUUAUGGGGGGUCCUCUGUGAUUUUAUUCCUGUCCAGAACGACUAUGUACGUGUUUUUCUCAGACGUUCUCUGAGAAAAUUACAGGCUGAAUUAUCUACUGUUUUUCGCUGAACUCCGUGGUCCUUCGCUAAAUUUUAGUCCCGUCCGGACACACAUCUCUGAGUUUAAUAAAAUACCUAUUGGUCCACUGCUACGCACCAUGAUUCCACUGAAACACAACAGCGAGUGGAAAUGGAGGAGCUACUGAACGCUAAAAAAAUCACAGUUUUUUUCCAGACGUCUCCCUGAGAAACUAAUCCCAUCCAGAUAGGGCUUUACAGGUUUCCUAAAAUGUUUCAGCUGUAAAAUAAGAUAUUUUGAAUUGAUUACAUACGUUGAGCAUCUAAAAGUUGUCAGUCAAGCUCAUAAAACACUUAACUCCUACUGGAAUUAUAAUACUAAGAACAGAUGUUUACGCCAUAUGAUGAAAAUCUGGCCUUUUGGAAUAAAGUUUGGUGCAAUAAAAUAAAAACACAGAAUGUAGCGAGUUACAUGGUUUUGAGUCACGACAGCGACAAUAUUCUGAUUUAUUCUGUUUCAGAGAACUGAGGGAUAGUUUCGGGCGUUGCACAGACAAUGCGAGACUACUUCAGGACUCUCCUCGCGCUCGCACUCUCCUGAGAGAUCUACCUCUAUAAGACUCGAAAGCAGUGGCACUGUGCUUUGGGGAGUUGGAACGUAUCCUCAGUUUCAUCAGCCCCUCCUCGUCUUGUAGUCUUUUCGUCUUUUUGUCUUGUCAUCUUGGCCUGAAAUGGCCUAUUUUCACUCCUGACACAUCAGAAGCCUCCUUUUCUUUCUCUUUUUUUAUUUUAAUUUUUUUAUUUUUGAGCGAGUUGUGAAUCUCAUAAACAAACUCAAACCGCAGUUAUAAUUUAGCACUUUAUUAUUCCUAUGUCUGCCAGCAGUCUCUCAGCCUGAUUUUAGAUUUUGUGCUUUGGGACUGACUCAGGCCUUAUCCCGUUUCACCCCUUGGCCCUACCACUUACCCCUACCCCUCCUUUUUGAGUGAAAUCCACUCUUUAGACAACUCUUUAAGCACCCGAUACGUCAUCAGGAGUGCUAAAAUGUUCAGUAAACUAGCUGCAUUAGGGCUAAUAGGGCUACAUUAGGGCUACUAACAUUAGGGCUUUGUUUUAUGUCUUCAGAAAGGGGGGGAAAUGGUGCAGAAAUUAAUUAUCCAUGCAUUAUGCCUUUGCUUGAUUCCUCUGUAAAGGGGAGCUGAAAUUAGCUUCGAUUAUCUUUUAUUUUCCUUUUUUUUUUCUAUUCCGCCUUAAAUGCUGCAGCCCCUGUUGUCUGUUGCACCAUUUAAGGUGGAACUGGACAGUUAGCUAGAUAAAAAGCUAGCUUCUGAGACAAACUACUAGCGACCUUUUUUAAUGCUUGUUAUGAAGAAUUUAACCAUAAAACAUUGAAACUACACAGGAAAAUAUGGUAAUAUUGUGCUAUUUGUCACUUGUAACAAGGAACAUACAUUAUUACAUUUACAUUACUUGUUCCGCCAUCUUACCAGUGAUUCUUAUACCCCUCAUUUUGAAGUGUGCAUCUGAAAAAUCUGAAGAAUCGGGAUGCACAAAACAGAGGGGUAGGGGUAAGGGGUAGGGCCAAAGGACGAAAUAGGAUUGGGCCUCUCUCUGAAGGAACGUGACUUUUUAUUUUAAAGAGUUAACGUGGCCAAAAAUGUUAAAAUGUGCCUGACCUUAAUAGAAGCUAAAGCAAGGCCUGAAAUGCAGCAAGUUAACAGGACCUUGCUUUGAUCGGCUUUGAUGCUCUGCUGCUGACUUGCGUUUGUUUGCUGCUUUAUUUGGCAGCACUAUCUCAUAAGAUUUCCUGCAACUGCUUAUCGCAUUGGCCACCAAAGCAGAUGAAGCUGCUGGCAUUGUCGGGAGUAAACGGAUGGUGAGAUACGAGCAGCAUUGUACCAGUUCCAGCUCCUGUUUUUUUUCUAUUUCCAUCCUUUUCUCUCUUCCUUUUUUGAAGGAAAGAAUGCUCAACCUAAUCUGUGCUGUCUGCUGUAGAGGAAUUAGUGGGCAUUGGUAAACAGAGAUUUAUAAUUGAGCAUGUCCUUGACUCUGCAAACACCUACAGUAUAAUUGUGGCUGGUGGCCAGAUGCUAGAUACUGAAGAUAUCUAAAUACUGUACAGAAUAUUAUAAAAGUAUUCUGAGUCAGCGAUUGUUCUGUCCAGGCAGCAACAUUAUAAUUGUCCUGGAUAAUCCAUUGAAUGACCUGAAUGAAUGAUCUGGAGUAGGGCUGUACGAUUAAUCAUAUUUGUAUCAAAAUUGCGAUGAGUUUUUUUUUUUUUUUUUUGAUGGUAAAUGCAUUAACAGAGCUGUAAUUGUAAAUAAUUGUAAAUUAAAAAAGAAUUACCUGCACGCAACAACAGGGGGAGCUCUUCUUGUGCAGAAUAUGCUCACAUGACAUAACUAGGCUGGAUGUAGAGUGAGGUAGAAGUGCACAGUAAUCAGACACAUCAAUCUACUUCUUUCCCAUCAAAAAAGGGCAAGUGCUGCCAAGAUAAAUGCCAAAAAAUAAACAAAAAUUCUUCUUUCUUUUUGCCAUAUCGUGCACCCCUACUCUGGAGUAUUCUUUUCUUUUAAGCUUCUGACAUUCUUUGAAUGAAGCCCUGUUCAUAAACUCUAAAUGUACUCUCUAAAUGUGCAAGAUUAAGUGAUCAUCGCUGCCAGCUCAUGCCUGUUGGCUGAAUAUGAAUGGACAUGAACAUUCUUAAAGGAGAAAUCUGGUGUGAAAUGGAUAUGGUGUGUAGUCAAACAUUAUAACGAGUAUAAACUUUUGUCAAAUAGCCCAACUCCAUUCUCCCCCAGAAUUCCAAAAAAAUACAGCACUUUUAGCCAAUUCUUCCAAACCGGCUUACAAUGCAAGCAAAUGGGGCAUAGUGUUGCCAAUACAGGAAAAAGGUUUUUUUUACUCCAUUAAGAAGCUCAAAGUAGCUCCACACUUCUUCAUUGGUAGAAUUUUGAGUGUAAUUACAUUUAAAAUAAGCAACUGAGAACUUUGAAAGUGCACAGAUAGUUUAUUAAAAACAUAGUACCUUAAUUCGGAAUUUCAUGAAUUCCAGCUGUUACUGAAAAUAUCUCUAUCUCUACUACAUUCAUGUAUUUCUACAGAAUUCUACAGAAUUAAGUCUGUUCCCCUUACCUAUUUGUAUCUUACCUAUUAGUUCGUGCUCAUCAGUCAACUUAAGUCCUUACUUAAUUUCAACUACCUGAAGGUACUGUGUUUGUAUAAAACAGUGUUUUACGAAGUGUGGAGCUACUCUGAGCAUGUUAAUGCUGAAGAACAGCAAUUCCUUUUAAUGGGUAACUCUAUGCCCCUAUCACUAGCAUUGUAAGCCUGUUGGGAGCAUCGGCUAAAAGCACUGUAUUUAAAAAUGCUGGGAGUGAACAAAAAAAGUGUUGUACUCGAUACUCAAUAUCAAGUUUCUGCAACUGCAACCCAACUCUAUUUCAUAUCGGAUUUCUCCUUUAAGUUAAGAGCAGCCCCAAAUCUUUCCCUCACUUUCAGUUUGUCAUUCGGAUCCAUCUAAUUCCUGGACUUUAACAUUCAGGGAAGGUUUCUCAGACAAAGAUUGAGUUUGUUUUAGAACUGAGAUUGACGGAUUUUCAAUCGAGAGUCACAAUCGACAGCAGGAUUUAGUUAUUUUAGUCUGUGACGUGGUGAAGCUUUCAUUUUGAGCCCAGCUUUAACCCAGGCAAGGCAGAUUAAUCCACGGGGAAACAGCAGAAAGGCAGAUUUAACUGCCUUUUUAACAGUGCGCUGCAUUGUUUAUGCACUGCAAUAUGCUAUAAUGACAGUGUAAAUAGUACAAAUAUGUGGAUGAGUUGUUUUUUUUUUCUUCUUCAUUUGUUUGGUUUUCAUAGUCAUAUAUUUAUCAAAGUUUUUGGGGAAUUGGUAACAGAUCUUAUUUGUUCCUCAUUGUGGGGAUAUUAAAAAUCUUUCUUUAACCACAAAUAAAAAAAUGCCUUUUUAACUA